ACACUGGUCACUGAUUAAAAAUGUUGAAAUGACGGUGGGCCGCAAAGCGAGUGAUGGUGGAUUCGGGUUAUUUAUUAAAUGAUUAUUGUUUUAAUUUGCAAGUUUUCGUGUAUGAAUAGACAAAGAAACAUUAAUCAAAUACCUAUAGGAGUAUUAAACAAUUGAUAUACUGCGUGCCCCUAUGCUAAUCAUAAAUUAUUAUGGGAAAAGAAAUGUGUCAAUCAGCAUCAACAAAAUAUGGUGUUUAAUAUUAGUGAAGGAUAGUCAUGUGAAGAAGGUUAUGACUAUAAGCAGGGAAUUUAACUGGAAAUUAGGUGUGAAACUUGUGUUUGUGUUGUGUAGAAGUGGUUAGUUUUUGUGGUGAAGGUGAUUAUCCAGUCUCAAGAUGGCGGACCUCGAAGCUGUGCUGGCCGACGUCAGCUACCUAAUGGCAAUGGAGAAGUCCAAAUGCACUCCAGCAGCCAGAGCUAGCAAAAAAAUAGUCUUACCUGAUCCAAGUGUACGGAGUGUCAUGCAUAAAUAUAUGGAGAAGAAGAAUGAAGUAAAUUUUGACAAAAUUUUUAAUCAAGUCUUAGGUUAUUUAUUAUUUAAGGAAUUCUGCGAACAAACGUCAGAAGAGCCAGUGCCACAUUUAAAGUUUUAUGAAGAGAUUAAAUUAUAUGAAAAACAAGAAUGUAUCGAAGAGAGGCGGAGAAUCGCGAGGGAUAUUUAUGAUAAUUUUAUAAUGAAGGAAUUAUUAGCACAUUCACAUGACUAUUCAAAAGAAUGUGUAGCACAUGUACAGAAAUAUUUAAUGAAACACGAAGUACCACCAAAUCUUUUUGAGCCGUACAUAGAAGAAAUAUUCCAACAUUUAAGAGGAGAGCCGUUUAAAAAUUUCUUAGAAAGCGAUAAGUACACGAGAUUUUGCCAGUGGAAGAACUUAGAACUCAAUAUACAGUUGACUAUGAAUGACUUUAGUGUACAUCGAAUCAUUGGUAGAGGGGGCUUUGGAGAAGUGUACGGAUGUCGGAAAGCAGACACGGGGAAAAUGUACGCGAUGAAAUGCCUGGACAAGAAGCGUAUCAAGAUGAAACAGGGCGAAACACUCGCCCUCAACGAGCGAAUCAUGCUCUCUCUAGUCAGUACCGGGCAGGUGGAUUGCCCGUUCAUCGUGUGCAUGACGUACGCGUUCCACACGCCGGACAAGCUCUGCUUCAUCCUGGACCUCAUGAACGGUGGCGACCUCCACUACCACCUCUCCCAGCAUGGCGUCUUCAAUGAGGCAGAGAUGAAGUUCUACGCGGCUGAAGUUAUAUUAGGUUUGGAGCACAUGCACAAACGUCACAUAGUAUACAGAGAUUUGAAACCUGCGAAUAUCCUGCUCGAUGAACACGGCCACGUCCGAAUAUCCGACUUGGGGCUUGCCUGCGACUUCUCCAAAAAGAAACCACAUGCUAGCGUGGGGACCCACGGUUACAUGGCCCCCGAAGUGCUAUCGAAGGGCACGGGUUACGACUCGUCGGCGGACUGGUUCAGCUUCGGCUGCAUGCUCUACAAACUGCUGAAGGGCCACUCGCCCUUCCGCCAGCACAAGACCAAGGACAAACACGAGAUCGACCGGAUGACGCUUACCAUGGUAAACGAAACUAAUGUGGAACUACCAGAAUCAUUCAGUCCUAGUUUGAAGAGUUUAUUGGAAGGUCUAUUACAAAGGGACAUCAACAAACGCCUGGGCUGUAAAGGACGCGGUGCUGACGAAGUGAAAGAGCACGUCUUCUUCGCGGGCAUCGACUGGCAGCAAGUGUAUCAUCAGAAGUACACGCCACCCCUGAUACCGCCACGGGGGGAAGUCAACGCUGCUGAUGCCUUCGAUAUCGGCAGCUUCGAUGAAGAGGACACCAAGGGAAUUAAGCUCACAGAGGCGGAUCAAGCCCAGUACAAGGAUUUCCCGCUCGUGAUCUCGGAGCGCUGGCAGGGUGAAGUGGCCGAAACAGUGUUCGAAACUAUCAACCAAGAAGCUGAUAAAAUGGAACACAAGAAAAAAUCCAAGCAGAAGCAAAAGUUUGACGCUGAUGAAAAAGAGUCAGACUGUAUACUGCAUGGUUACAUAAAGAAACUUGGCGGGCCGUUUGCCAGCGCCUGGCAGACGCGUUAUGCCAAGCUGUAUCCUAACCGCCUGGAACUGCAUCUAGAGAACAGUGCCAAGCCAGAGAUGAUCCUGCUAGAUAGUGUGGAAGAGGUGUCCUCCGACCUGGUGCAGAUCAAGAGCGAGCAGUGUAUUGUGCUGCGGACUAGGAACGAUACGAAAAUCGUGCUUACGAAUACUGAUGAGAUCGGACUGAAAGAGUGGGCGCUAUCAUUGCGAUCGGCCCACAAAUGCUCCCAGGAACUUCUCGCGUCCAUGGCGAAGAAGGCGGGCAAGAUCUACGGCACGGACGGCUCCAAGGAGGCGCUGGGGCCCGCGCGCCCGCCGCCCGCCGCCUCGCCGGCGCUGGCGCGCGCGCCCAACGGAAGCAACUAGCACGAGCUUCCCGCGCCCAACAAGGGCGCGAAGAUGUUCCGCCGCUCCAAGAGCGCCGCGCAACUCAUCAAGUGAAGUGACGCGUGCUCCGCACCCAACUGUGCUCACUAGGCUUGAUACCUGCCGCUGACUUGAUUUAGGCCGUAGAUCAAGCUCAUUAAGUGAAGUGACCAGUGACGUGUAACACGCGUGCUCGGAACCUGACUGUCGACGUUACCUUGUUACAGUGCUUGAUACCAAGACAUUCUCCUGUUCUGCGUACGUCGCGUAAAUCAUCAAGUGAAGUGACGUGCAGUGUCCGUGCUCACUCGGCUUGACUUAGGCCGUAGAUCACAGCUCAUCGAGUGAGUGACGAGUGGCAUGCACAGCGCGUGUGCUUCGAACCUAACUGCUCACUUGGCUUGAUACCUCCCGUUAAAUUGACUUACGCCAUAGGUCACAGUCCAUCAAGUGAAGUGACGAGCACAGCGUGCGUACUCUGAAAAUUACUGUGCUCAAUCGGCUUGAUACCUUCCGCUAACUUCAUUUAGGCCGUAGAUUACAGCUCAUCAAGUGAAGUGACCAGUGAUGCUCAGAACCCAACUGGGCUCACUCGUAUGAUACCUCCCGCUAACUUAACUUACGCUGUAGAUCACAGCAUGUGACGCACGUCACUUGGUGUUUGAUACCUCCCACAUAGGCCGUUUUUGCAAGAUCCAUCGCACAAGAUUAACGGUUACGACAUACUGCACAUGGCGUGACAUUCGUACGUUUUUCCACAAGUUACGAUUCUGCAGCCACACGGUAGUUGCGGCUUGUUGUUAUUGUGGUAUCGGUGUCGUGAGUCGUCAGCAAGUUCAUACUUGUUUCCUACAACCACUGUAUUGUAAAAUACUUGUAACAACAUAGCGACAUCAACAACAUUGCUAAAAAGUUAUCUGCAAAACAUGUUUCGUGCUGUGCGGUAUCGUUGAAUGAGUAAACCUAAAUACACUCAAUUUAGGGUACAUUGUAAACAAAUGUUAGUAAAGAGAAUAAAUGAAGUUAGCAGGAGGUAACAAAGUUUGUAAACAUUUGAAAGGGCAAUAAGUUCACGUGUUUCUCAUAGGUAUAUAAAGGUCUCAGAGCGGCCCGUUCGACCUGAAUGACGAUAUAAUGUGUCGCGAAUCACGAGUGACCGGUAGUGUAGUUUCAAGUAAUCGCUGGAGGAUUAGUCGUUCAGGUAUUCCCUUUUAAUAGAUGUAUGCUCUUAGAGGAACGAGCGGAUGGCCUCGAGCGGAACUAUUCUGUUCUGACGUAGUGAAACGCGGUCUACGAUCCGUGUUCUCGACGCCGUCGCUCGUUAGUAUGGACUAUAGCGACUAUUAGGACUGCCAAUUAUUACUAAAUAAAUAUUGUUCGCAUUUUUAUUGUUGUACGAAUUAAUGAGGUGGAUAAAUUUAAUGAGGUAAACAAUGUAUAAAUAAAAAAAAAAAUCCUUUACAGUGACUUUAUUGUGGAUAACUUUUGUAAUCGUUUGCACCGAUUAAAUUUUGUAAUUAUUAAUGUAACAUUCUGGAUGUUGUAUUUAAACUAUGUAAAAAUAAUUAAUGACAUAUAAAUCUAGUAGUUAUAGAGAUUAUCUAUUUAUGUCUGUGUUUGUGCAAUAGAUAAAAGUACUAAAAUCGCAUUUUGACUACUCGUCAUUGAUUAAUGGUAAACAUUAGAGAGUCUUGAAUAAUUCAAAAAUUGAAAUAACUCGUGUAAUUUUAGAUGCUUGAACAAAUUAAUCUAUUUAAAGUAUUGUAACUAGAGGUUUCAAGCACUUCAGUUAUGUCUCAAUCUAUUGCACAAUAUGUAUAAUAAUGUUACAUUUUGUGUUAUCUCUGCUAGCUCUCUGCAGUUUAAUGAGUUUCUCUUGCAUAUUCUGUAGUUAAUUCGAUAUUGCAAUUACGUUAUUUAUUACAAGGUACUUAAAGUUUAAUUUGUUUUCAUAUCUACUGUUGCAUAAUAUGCAAUAAGUUUGUUAUUUAUUCAUAUAGAAAAAUGUAAGUAGGAUUAUUGAAAAAUCUCCUUUCAUAAUAUGAUACAUAGAGGCAAUACUUUUCUAACUACCUUAGGUGUGGUAUAAUAACAAUAGUUGUGAAUGAAAUUAUUAUAACGGUAAUUAAAUAAUAUAUAGUGUUUAUGAAUUUUAUUGUAAUUUUGUUCUCACACAAUGUUGACAUUGACUUAUAUACAGACAGAUUUGUAUGUUUUGUAACAAUGCAAUUUUAUUUGAAAAUAUGUAAAUGUCUGAUGCAGAUUUAGUUAUUUAUUCUUUACUGUAAGGUCUUCGUUUUGGAUCGCUUUCGGUGAAGCGGGAUUCAAUUAUAUCAGUCUCAUAGGUAUAGAUUUUAUUGUUUAUUUAUACAAUAAAUUAGCCAAGUAAAAUUACUUAAAUUAUUAUUUAUUAUACGAGUCAGAAGUAGGGAUGUUCUAUACAAAGCCCUGUCGUAUCGCACGCGGAGUCAUAAAACUUGGGAACGAAGUAGUGCAGUUCCCUGCACUUACGGGUCGUAUGGCGGGCGUAGUUAUGCGCAACUUUCUUAUCGAUCCUUUUGUACGCAAAAAAUUAAACUAACUAACUUAAAUUUUAAUAUUUUUCUCUGUUUGUGAAUCAUGUCUUGCAAUUUCUAGGGAUCCCCGGGAUCAUCUUUAAUUUUAUACGAAAAGGUUGACAGUUGGCACAUUACCAACCAAUGCUUAUAAUAUUAUUUAUUAAGAACGCAUCCAUGCUAAAAGUAAGUACAAACACAAAUGAUGGUACUGCAAUAUGUAUACACAUUCAUUAUAUUUAUCGAUGACUCAUUUGAAGGAAUAUACGCAACCCUAAUGACUGCAGUUUAUGAUCCCGCGUGCCAUGAAGGACGGUACCAAGUAUGAUGAUACAGGCAGUAAAGAGUAUGAUUCCCUUAUGAAAUGACAUUGAUGUUGCCAUAAUUUCAUUGAUUGUAAUGCUGAUUGAUGUUACACAGAUAAUUGCCAUUUUCACAUAAUUUAAAAAAGAUAUCGAUGCUGUGCUCGGGCAGCUUUAAAUGCAUAAGGCUCAAGACACAUUGCGGCAGAGUUGAAGCGGCGAGACGCGUAAUUUCUAAAAUGUUGCAAGGAGGCUGAACUUUCUCUGCGUUGCGUAAUGUGCCUACAUAUUUGUGAGGAACAAAUUCAAUAAAAAAAUUGGUUCUCUGUAAAGUCUGUUUACUGACGAUAGUUGAACGUGACAACAAAGGCCGAUUGUGCUUCUUUGUCGCUCGUUCCGCGCACUUGCUUGCACUUCAAACCUUACAUUGAACGCCUCAGAGCGAGGUAACGCCGCAUGAGUCAUGUUUUUUCGUGCGUGCAGCCGGCUCUAUCGAAUUAUAAGACGUCACGUCAAAAAAACUUUGCCUGUAUUGACACGUGCAUUUGCAUUAUGUGAAACAAUUUGUACAAUAAAUAGUGGAGGUAAAGUUCAGUUUAUUUUGUAACAUUUUCGAAAAGAAGAUAUUUUGGAGAAACACCAAUUUUAAAUCGACACCAUGCAGUGUGAACAAGCUAUUAUUGCAAAUAUGUUUCAGAUACCGUUAUUGUACCAUCAGUUAAACAUUCAACAAUGAACUAAUAUGUAAGUGAAAGUAUGUGGAUAGGAUUCUUUUAAAAUAAUAGUUAUUAGGCCGCAAUUGCACCCGUAAGUUUCACUCACGUAAGUAUUUUACAUGAUUAACUUACGACGAAUUUAAUAAUGUAAACACUCAUAAGUGUCAUUUAUCUUAGUAAGCUUAUUACGUGAGUAAAACUUACAGGUGUAAUCGCGGCCUUAGUUAAUAUUGUAGAAUAAAUUGAUGCAAUAAAAUUUUACUUGUACAUAAUAUAUUAAUAGAAGAUGUAACAUAAGGAAAUGUAAACAUCCUAUUAGCUAAUAAAGUAGGUACAUAUUGUAAUGCCAACAGAUAUUUCGUUCUGCCUAUAUUAAAUAACUGAUAACGAUAAAUUAAUAAUUACUUGUAUGUUUCAUUGGAGAUUCUGUUUAUAUAGUAUAUAAAUUUUUAUCUCUGUUAGAUGUUUAUUAAAAAAGAAUUGUUUCGAACAAAUAAUUUUAUCCUUAUCGAAAGCUGUAGAUUUAGUUUUAGUUCUAAUGUAAAUAUAUUGCAGCAUCACAAAAAAUAUGUUACUGGACAAUUUUUUUUUUAAAUCUACUUUAUUUAUGUAUUUUAUAUUUUCUAACAAUAUAAAUAUCAAUCCAAACUGGCAUAUAGGAGAUAUUUUCCGAUCAUGGUCAGUCUAACAAAACACAUUCAACUGAAUUGCUUCACAACUCUACACCAGACUCUCACUAAUAAAAAUUUGUACAUUGCUUAUACACACAUUACUUACCUUAUACACGUCAAAUGUGACAGAAAGUAGGUAUAAAGAAGCUGUACAUUUUUACAAGAGACUAUAGUUUUUAAGUUACGUUACAUACAAGGGUCAUAAUUGUUUUACAUUAUAACGUCAUUAUUUCCUAUUUAAAUGUUAACAGGCCUACUUUGACAUCUGCUGCUUCCCUCGCACCUUUGUUAGGCCAAGUGUUCACUAGUAAUAAAACUUGCUGGCUCUGACAAGUCACUUGCACUGUGUUAAUAAUUAAAACUUGCAGAAAUAGAUAUUGCCAUGAAAAUAACAGCUAGUUAACUCCGUUUUAUUGCUAGUGGACACAUCUUUAUGUUACAACAAUAUUACAUUUAGUGAGUGAAGUUAGAAGAUCUCAAAUCAUGCCUGUUUACUCAUACAUUUGAAUAUGGUUAUAUUAAUCGUAUUUAUUUUAACUCUUGCUAUAAGUUUUAAUGUUUUCUUGCUAUGUAUAAAAAAACUACAACUAUGCCAUAAAAUACGUAAAAUACUUAUUCUAAAUAAGAUUUAUUUUUUAUGUAAUUUUUUGUAUUUAUUAUUAAUUUAUAGCUUGUCAUUUUCGUAAUAAAUAAAAUAUUAAAUACUAUAUUUUAAUCUUAAUAUAAUAUGAAUUAGAUGCUAGUCAAUUGAAUUUACACAACUGGAUGAUUGAAUAAACCUGUUAUAAAAAAAUUAUAAUAGAUAUUUCAGCUUGAACAGUAUUAUGUAGGUUAGGUUGAUUGAUGAAAUCAUUGUCAUAUGUGAUAAAAUGAAAAUUGAUUUAAAAAUGCAUAAAUACACAUUUAUGAGGCUUUUAGAGACACAUUAGGAAAUUAAAAUAGUUUUUUUUUGCUUCUCUUCUGAGUACCUACUGUUUUUUUUUUCAUAAUUUUUGUUUUGGAUUGUUUAAGAACAAUAAUGGCAAAAUGAGCUAUCAGCUCAAAUGGCUGGAGCCUGUAGCUAAGUCAGCUAGUUAAAAAAAAGUGAAGUCUCUAACUUAUCGCUCACAAUAGUAAUUAGCAUAGGGGUCUAGCUGCAAUAGGUACCACCCCGUUUGCAAAACGUAGAUAAAAAAAUUGAAAACAGAUUAAAAAUGAAAUUGCCGACUGUGUUGUGAUGUGUCGGCACGCAAUCUAGCACGACAAUUGACCAAUCGGAGCGCACGCGCUAUCGAAGACUUACGUCAGCGUACCAGAGCGCUACAACCACAAAAGACUACUUACCUAGUGUCAAACAUAUUGUCGUGUUAGGAACUCGGCACAUUCACGACUCAGUCGGUAAUGUGUUUGCGCCUUUAUUCAAUUAUAAUGGGCGAAUAGGGGAGUUGGAAACAUUCCGAUAUGCCAAAUUAGUAUUAAAUGGUGUAAAAAUGCAUUUAAGUUUAUAUUUUUUCCGUAACUUUCCUUUGCGCUAGCGUCUGCAUUGCGUCUAAUGAUAUUUUGCUAAAAUUAUUUUGUUACUAGGUAGCCGGUUAUAGAACAAUAGCAACAGCUAGAUCUGUAUCAGACAAUGUGUUAUCGUACAUACCUCUUUUUAGAAAAUAUUUUUAUUGUGAACCUACAUUAUGUGUAGUAAAUUGUUUAUUUAAUCA